UAUCUAUGAUGGUAAUCUAUGGGGCAAGUCGUCUGUUUUACGUGAUUCUAGUUUAAUUAAUUCAUCUAAUUUAUUUUAUCAAAUAAAAAACAUAUUGAAUAUAAUAUUAAAGCAUUGUUUUAGUUUUAAUGACUUACCAUUAACUUAAUGUAUGUGUUUUAGAAAAUGCAAGCCUAUCCUUCAUUUACUCCAACCCCAGGAGGAAUGCCACCAGAAGUUUCAAAUUGGUUUAACACAGUAGACAGAGAUAGAGAUGGUAAAAUAAAUGCUGAUGAGCUGAAGUCUGUACUUGUAAAUGCCCAAGGCAAACACUUCUCAGAUGCUUGUUGUCGGUUAAUGGUUAAUAUGUUUGAUGCUGAUUUGAAUGGAACAAUUAAUGAAAGUGAAUUCGGACAACUGUAUAUAUAUAUUAAUCAAUGGUUAUCGGUGUUUCGUACUUAUGAUAGAAAUCAGUCUGGUCAUAUAGAUGAACAAGAAUUAUCACAAGCACUGCAACAAAUGGGAUUUAGAUUCACUCCUGAUUUCGUAAAAUACUUGAUAACUAGAGCUGAUGUAGAAAAGAAGAACAAUAUAGACGUUGAUCAAUUUAUGGUUCUUUGUGUACAACUACAAAGAUUUACAGAAUCCUUUCGACAGAGAGAUGUGGAAGGUAAAGGGGAAAUUCAAAUUGGUUUUGAAGAGUUUCUUCGUGUAGCACUCGAAGUCUCAUUGUAAUAAAUUUUGUAAAAUAGUUUGGUGACAGAAUGAAUUACAACUGAAGAGUGCAUGUUAUAAUUUAUUGUUAUGUUUGUGUAGAUGUGGUACUGAUUGAGUUUUAUUUGCUGUAACUUCUUUUUUACUAAAUAUGAUUAAAAGAUCUGAUGGGCACAUUAAUAUAUGAAUUUACAUUUUU